AUGCGUGCUCAGAUACUCUCCUCCGUCCUCCGCGCCUCUGCUCGCCCCUCACUCGUCGCCACAGCCGCACGGGCCACCCUCAUUGUCCGCCCAGCGAGCUCGCAUGCCCAGGAGUCAUUCGAGUCGUUCUCGGAGCGCUACGUCAACUUCUUCCAGAACGCGGAAGACCUCUUCGAAGUCCAACGGGGCCUCAAUAACUGCUUCGCGCAUGAUCUAGUGCCGUCUGCCUCUGUUGUAGAGGCUGCUAUUAGGGCUGCUAGGCGCGUCAAUGACUAUGCUACUGCUGUUCGGGUCUUCGAGGGAAUCAAGGAGAAGGUGGAGAACAAAGCGCAGUAUCAGGCGUAUGUUGAUGAGCUGAGGCCUCUUCGGGAGGAGCUGGGUGAGUUUUAUGGUCGCGUAUCCUUGGUUGAUUCUGACCAUCCGAUUGCAUAG